AGCUUCGCUCCCUGCGUUGAUGCAGAGUCACACUCCUCUUCCCCCCUGUGCCCAACGGCCAUCUCUCAACCCCCGCUCGCGCAGGAAUCGGUCUCUGCUCUCUAAUCCUCAGAUCACAAGUGCUGUUUAUCUGUAUUCCUCGCCCUUUUUCUUUUUCUUUGCUUUUUUUUCACCCCUCUUCGCUGCAGCAUGAGCGCUGAAUGCAGCAGUUACUACAACACCGACGGUGCGUUCGUGGUGGCUUUCUCCUGCCCCAAGCCCGGCAGCGCUGCCUUCGCCGUCUACUGUUGCGGCUUUAAUGAUGUGAAAUAUUGCUGCGAUGAUCCCAACAGCUUUUUCCCCUACGAAUAUGGAUACAUGUGGUGGCUAAGUAUCGGCGCUCUUGUAGGUCUAUCAAUCGCAGCCGUGGUGCUCCUCGCCUUCCUCAUCACCGUCUGCGUCCUCUGCUACCUUUUCAUAGCCACCAAACCCAAUCGCCUUGACAACGGCCUGCCCCUCAGAGCACCAGGUCAGGAUGGCCGGAGACCCCAACGAGGGACCCAGCCAAGGGAGAGCGGCCAGUGGACCCGGUCCGCAGGGGUUCCGAAAACACAUGAUGAACAGGAAAGUGGACUCUGACAACGAGCCGUCGGACCCGGAGCGGCUUUUCCAGCGCUGUUUCACCGCUACGGUCACAAGCGUGAAAGUCGAAAGCCCCACAUAGGCCUCCGAAAAACUUGCCUUUGAGGACAAAAAAAGAAAAGAAAAAAAAAAGAAGCAGUCUGUAUGUCGCGGCUCAGGAAGGCAGGCGAACCUGGACACAGUCAGAGCUGCCAGCGAGGCGCUCUGAGCGGCAGGACCACGGCAUUAGUCGACAUCAUGUGCCACACGCUGUAGUCAUGGCGGCAGUCUAGCAAAUUGUUGGAGAUUUUUCAAUUAUUGAAGUAGGAAAAAAAAAAAAGAAAAGGAAAAAAAGCACUCCCAGUGCCGCAGAGCACUCCUGGAAGUGCUUGUCACGGUGACUGAAACUUUGCUCCAUUUUAAGUGGAAAUGGUUGAUCUUUCAUCCUCACAGAAGUGAUUGCCGACAGUAUGUGUGGCUCUGUGAGAGCCGGAUGAUGACGCGGCGGCGGAGGGACUGUGGAGACACACGGAAAUGAAAACAGGAUGUGAGUUUUCAAUGUUAAGUCAGACCCUUGUGACACUUGGCGCUGCCGAUAUGAAACAGUGUCAUCUCAGGAAUGCAAGGACUGGAGUGGGCUGCUGGUCUCUUCACUUGCUUACUGUGACGUGUCUUUACAUUUAAAUGCCAGACGCCCUUUCUCUACGCAUCAACGUGACCAUGACGAGAAGACGAAGGAGAUUGCUGGGGCUCGUCAGAGUCGAGCAGUCUGGCCCCCGUCGUCAGUCAACUUCUUUUAUCAGUGAUCAAAAAUGUUUUUCUUAGCAGAAGACAAAAGUCUCCUUGAACAUGUCUAAUGACAUUAAUAGGUUUUUUGUGAUGUUAACAGUUUGUGACAGCUUGUAUUUAAUCACGAGGCGAUGAUGUAAGAGGUCAGCUGACACCACUGUGAACGAGCAAAUGAUUGUGAGACUUGAAUAAAGCGAACAACAACCUCUGA